UGCACUGCGCGUGCGUGAUGCUAAUGUAAAUCCAAAACACUUCCGGUAAAUACAGAGAACUGUCAAAAUAAUGUAUUAUACAAAACCACUCCUCUGAGUUGUCCAUUAUACCUUUUAUUCAGAAUGAACAUAUCAUAAAACCAAUUUAUGGUAACCGGAACAGACUGUCACUGUCAAUAUUUUGUGGAUCGCCAUGGCUACUAUAGCGAUGGAUGUGGAGAUGAAACCAAAGAUGUUUAUCGGUACACGUGAUCCAAGACCUGCCUAUAAGCAUCCACUGCACACAAACAAGGCGUUUGAGUACUUCAAUAUUAUGAGAAAACAAGAUAUCCUAUGUGAUGUCACACUUGUAGCAGACAAUAAUGAAAUACCGUGCCACAAAGUAGUCCUCUGUGCAUGUAGCCAGUAUUUCUACGCCAUGUUCACCGCUGAUCUCGCAGAAUCAAAGUCUGACCGCAUAAUCCUGCAGGAGAUUGACCCCUCUGCUCUUGUGCUGUUGAUUGACUUUGUGUACACAUCAGAGAUACAAGUUACAGAGGAGAAUGUACAGACGUUGCUACCAGCGGCUAACAUUCUACAGUUGACAGAGGUGCGAGACGCAUGUUGUGAAUUCCUUCAGUCUCAGCUACACCCAUCCAAUGCGCUCGGGAUAAAGGCCUUUGCUGAUCUACAUGCCUGCACUGACCUUUAUGCAUAUGCCAAUACAUACUGUGAACAACACUUUACGGAGUUAUACCAUUAUGAUGAGUUCCUGUGUCUACCAGUGGAGAACGUGUGUAAACUAAUAUGUAGUGACAGACUCACUGUCACCACAGAAGAACAGGUGUUUGAGGCUGUGUUAUCAUGGGUGAACCAUGACAGCAGUAACCGCCAGGAGCUGAUCUCACAACUGAUGGAGAACGUUCGACUACCUCUCAUGUCACAGGAAUAUCUCGUACAGCGAGUGGAGGAGGAGCCACUUGUGAAGACAAACAGCCGGUGUAAGGACUUCCUCAUAGAAGCCAUGAAGUACCACUUGUUGAAAGGGGAACAGAAGGCCAUCUUUGUGACCCCACGGACCAUACCCAGGACCCCCCUUGGCUUACCAAAAGUAAUGCUUGUGAUAGGAGGACAGGCCCCGAAGGCCAUCCGCAGUGUGGAGUGUUUUGACUUCAAGGAGGACCGGUGGUUUCAGCUCGCGGAGAUGCCCUCUAGAAGAUGUAGAUGUGGUGUGGCAUUGAUAAACGGACUGGUAUACGCAGUUGGAGGGUUUAAUGGCUCACUGAGAGUGAGGACAGUCGACAUGUAUGACCCACUAAAGGACACAUGGACUGGUUGCCCGAGUAUGGAGGCCAGAAGAAGUACUCUGGGUGUUGCUGUGCUCAAUGAUAUAAUAUACGCAGUAGGGGGAUUUGAUGGCUCAUCAGGGUUGAAUACGGCAGAGUGUUUUGAUGUCCAUAGUGGAGAGUGGAGAUUGAUAUCGCCUCUGAGCACUCGUCGCAGUAGUGUUGGUGUUGGCGUUCUCAAUGGUUUUGUCUACGCUGUCGGAGGUUACGAUGGUUCGUCACGGCAAUGUUUAAGCUCAGUGGAGCGUUACAAUCCAAAUGACGAUACAUGGUGUAUGGUGGCGGAGAUGUCCUGUAGACGGAGUGGGGCAGGUGUGGGUGUGAUUGAUGGAGUAUUAUAUGCCGUCGGAGGCCAUGAUGGACCACUGGUGCGCAAUUCUGUAGAAAUGUACAACCCUGACACUAACACGUGGAUACAGCUGGCUGACAUGCACAGUUGUAGAAGGAAUGCAGGUGUGUUGGCAAAUGGAGGCUUUAUCUAUGUUGUUGGAGGCGAUGAUGGUUCUUCAAAUCUUGGGUCCGUAGAGUGUUACGACCCGAAAGCUAACAUCUGGACGCUUCUGCCUUCCAGCAUGAUGACGGGGCGGAGUUAUGCGGGGGUCACUGUUAUAGACCGGCCAACAUUCUAGCAAUAAUAACAAGAGAGAGAAAUCAUAUUUCUCCAAUAUUAAUCCUCUCAAACAUUUAAAUGAUUGAUUGAGACAAAGAUAAUAAGGGAGGAGGAAUAUUCUUCUUCUUUCAAUUGUUGAUUCAAGCCUCAACACUCACAUAUACAAAUUAGUUACUGCCGCAUGUGCUGGUUAUAAUAACUGGCAGACAAAUAUGAAUCGGCAAUAGAUAUUCACAAAAACAUGUAUUAAUGGCUAUAUGGACCAUGCCCUUGGGAAAAUAAUUCCAGACAAAUAUGAAUGGGCAAUAGUUAUAGUGUAUUCAUGACUAUAUGGACCAUUCGCUUAGGAUGAUAAUUGGCAGACAUAUUAUAAAUGAAUGGGCAAUAGCUAUUCACAAAAACAUGUAUUCAUGGCUAUAUGGACCAUUCGCUUGGGAUGAUAAUGUAUUCAUGGCUAAAUAGCCCAUGUGUUUUAGAUAAUAAUUGGCAGACAAGUGUUAAUGGGCACCAGUUUUUCACAAAAACAUGAAUUCAUUGCUAAAUGACCAAUGCAUUUGGGAUGAUUAUGCGCAGAAAAAUAUGAAGGGCAAUAGUUAUUCACAAAACAUGUAUUCAUGGCUAUAUAGGCUUUGAAUUAUUGUUUCAGCCAAAUAUGAAUGGGCAAUCGUUUUUCCACAAAAAAACAUGUAUUCAUGGCUAAAUGGCCAAUGCCCUUGGGAAAAUAAUGGGCAUAAAAAUAUGAAUGGGCAAUAGUUAUUCACAAAACAUGUAUUCAUGGCAAAAUGGUCCAUGCAUUUGGGAUAAUAAUGGGCAGACAUAUAUGAAUGGGCAAUAGUUAUUCACAAAAUCAUGUAUUCAUGGCUAUAUAGCCCAUGCAUUUGAGAUAAUAAUGGGCAGACAUAAAUGAAUGGGCAAUAGUUAUUCACAAAACAUGUAUUCAUGGCAAAAUGGUCCAUGCAUUUGGGAUAAUAAUGGGCAGACAUAUAUGAAUGGGCAAUAGUUAUUCACAAAAUCAUGUAUUCAUGGCUAUAUAGCCCAUGCAUUUGAGAUAUUAAUGGGCAGACAUAAAUGAAUGGGCAAUAGUUAUUCACAAAAACAUGUAUUCAUGGCUUCAUUGACCAUGUGUUUGGGGUUAUAAUUUCAGACAAAUAUGAAUCGGCAAUAGUUAUUGUCAAAAACAUGUAUUCAUGGCUAUAUGGACCAUGUGUUGGGAUAAUAAUAGUCUUAAAAAUGUUCUUAAAAAAACAAGCAUUUAUAACAUGAGCAGAAAGCAUACUCUGUACACAUUUGAUGUUACUUGACUAUCACAUAACAAUGGUUUAUAGGCCAUUUUCUAGUUUUAUUUAAGGGGUGGAUCACUAUCACUCUGUCGUUAACAUGGACAAAAAAUAAUGGUUGAUCAACUUCAUAUAUUACUGGGUUUUGAUUUUAAUCAUGUGACAGAAAACCAUAUUGGUUGUCAAUUAUAACCUAUCAGUUAAAAUGAACAGUUGGAAUUUUUAUAUCAUUCUACAUAGUAGAUUAUUCAAGACAUUGAAAAAAUUACAAUUGACAUGAUCAAAAGUAGAUCUCAUUCAGACAAAACUUUCAGCUUUGUUUGCGACGCUGCUUGUGAGCACAGGAGGGAGAAACAAAUAUUUUUUAUUAUUUUUUGCCUAUACAUUAUAUAUAUAUGGAGGCUAGGAAUAAUUAAAAUAAUUUGUUUCUGCCCCCUGUGCUUGUGAGCAGUUGACCUGGCUAUUAAAAGAAAGCAAUCCCUUAAAAGUAUUCUUUAUCACAUUGGGGUGAUUGUUCAGAACUUUGUUAAAUUUAAUCAUCAUUAACUUCUUUAACAUCUUCACUGCUUUGAAAGUUUAAUGAACACACUUGUGAUCUGCAGUGUUCCUGACAAGUUUUGAGACAACUCUUUCAGCUGAUUUUUUUUAAAUAUAUAAGCACAUCAUGAAAUAUUUCAUGUUUAAAAGUUAACAAGGAUUUCGCAAAUAACACUGUUACAAAGAUUUGAACAAUCAGACCAUUUUUCGUUUUUUGCAAGUUUAAAGAGGUCAUUCAAGGCCAGGAGUAACAUGCCUUCUAUUUCAUUUAUUAGUCUUCAUAAAGAAGUCAUUUUAUUUAUUUACAGUGAGGCAUAAUAUAUCAAGGGGCUCUUAAGUUCAGGAAAAGUCCUAAAAUCCGAUUUGUGAGCUUUUAACCUCAGACUAUUGUUUGGACAUUUGCAUCAAAACAGAAGGAAAUACCUUGAAAUGAAUAUAAAUGACUUUGGAAACAAUUUCAAAAAGUGUCUAUUAAAGCUGCACUCUCACAGAUUUACCAUUAUUACAACUUUUUUGUCUUAGAAAGGGCAAUUUUUUGCGUAGGUAUCCGCAAACCAAUGAUAUAAGACUGCUGACAAAAAAUCAGAUUAUAGAUUUUCAUAUUUCCGUUCGAAAAGUUAUUGUUUUAUGGCUUAAACCGUUACUAACGCUUUAAGAAAAAAGCAUAAAACAUCAUUUUUUGUUCUUAAAUAUUAAACUCUGCGAUCUGAUUUUUUGUCAGCAGUCUGAUAUAACUGGUUUCUAUGGAUUUUCGCAAAAAAGUUGUCAAAUCGUUCAAUCUGUGAGAGUGCAGCUUUAAAGCUCCUUAACCCUGCUUUGGACAUGAAUCUCUCAUAUCAUUUAUCUAUUGAUAAUUUACAAGCAGGAUCUUGUAAUACGCCAAUGUCAUGCGUUGGCCAUCUUUAACCGGAAACCCAAACAAAAAUUGGCUUCAUAUCACUUCUGCCUACCAUGUGCUAAUGAUUCACAUUAUAACAAGACUUUGUCGUUCAAUAGCAUUCCAACUGAUCCCAACAGAAAGAAAACAUGGCUUGUUAGAAUAAAGAUGAAAGGGACUUCAUGUACAAAGGUGGUUUGCAAAGUUUUGAGACUAAAACUGUAUCGUUGUGCAAACUAAUACUGGUAAUAAAAUACCUGUGUACUAAUGGGAAAAGAAGUGUCCUAUGUAGCAUUUCACUGAGCAUGGUAAAAAUAAUGAAAUCUGCAACAUGAUUAAGGUUUACUGAGCAUGGUGAAAAUAAUGAAAUCUGUAACAUGAUUAAGGUUAACGGAUCAUGGUGAAAAUAAUGAAAUCUGCAACAUGAUUAAGGUUAUUGGAUCAUGGUGAAAAUAAUGAAAUCUGCAACAUGAUUAAGGUUAACUGAUCAUGGUGAAAAUAAUGAAAUCUGCAACAUGAUUAAGUUAACGGAUCAUGGUGAAAAUAAUGAAAUCUGCAACAUGAUUAAGGUUAACGGUUCAUGGUGAAAUUAAUGAAAUCUGCAACAUGAUUAAGGUUAACGGAUCAUGGUGAAAAUAAUGAAAUCUGCAACAUGAUUAAGUUAACUGAUCAUGGUGAAAAUAAUGAAAUCUGCAACAUGAUUAAGGUUAACGGAUAAUGGUGAAAAUAAUGAAAUCUGCAACAUGAUUAAGGUUAACGGAUCAUGGUGAAAAUAAUGAAAUCUGCAACACGAUUAAGGUUAUUGGAUCAUUGUGAAAAUAAUGAAAUCUGCAACAUGAUUAAGGUUAACGGAUCAUGGUGAAAAUAAUGAAAUCUGCAACAUGAUUAAGGUUAAUGGGGCUUGGUUAAACUAAUGAAAUCUGCAACAAGAUUAAGUUUAACGGAUCUUGGUGAAAAUAAUGAAAUCUGCAACAUGAUUACGGUUAACGGAGGAUGGUGAAAAUAAUGAAAUCUGCAACAUGAUUAAAGAUUAACGGAGUAUGGUGAAAAUAAUGAAAUCUGUAACAUGAUUAAGGUUAACGGAGCAUGGUGAAAAUAAUUAAAUCUGCAACAUGAUUAAAGAUUAACGGAUCAUGGUGAAAAUAAUGAAAUCUGCAACAUGAUUCAAGUUAUAUAUAAUUGUAUAUAUGUACAAUAUAAGUGUGGUUGAAUAUUAAUUCUCAAAUCAUUGCAUUAACAAGCCUUAAGUUUAAUUCUUGUCUGCUGUUACUUUGUGAAAAGUUUUGACUUCUUCUAAUGGUUAACAACUUUUUGUGCUUUUAAAAUGACAAUAAAAAGAAAGACGUCAUCAUCACAGCUGGAACAGUGUACUAUCAUUUAGCAUUUCGCUAGCAUUUGAAUGAAGGUGAUCAGGAAGUUUGCGUUUUUAAACCUUUCCCUACUUUUUCUUUGAAAUGCCUGUCUAAGUACUAUCCCUCCUUUUUUGUGAAAAAAGUUUACUUUUUUAUGCCCCCAAAGGUGGGCAUAUUAAAAUCGCACCGUCCGUCCGUCUGUCCGGCCGGCCGGCUCUGUAACUUUCCCUUGUAUGGACAGAUUUUAAAAUAACUUGCCACAUGUGUUCCACUUACCAAGACGACGUGUGGCGUGCAAGACUCGUGUCCCUACCUCAAAGGUCAAGGUCACACUUAGUGUUUAUUCACAAUGGAGUGCUGCAUAUAAGGACAUAGAGUAUAGGUUGUCGUGUCCGGGCUGUAACUUUCUCUUGUAUGGACAGAUUUUAAAAUAACUUGCCACAUGUGUUCCACAUACCAAGACAUCGU